AUGACCGAGUAUAAAUUGGUUGUUGUUGGCGACGGUGGUGUUGGUAAAUCAGCGUUAACUAUUCAAUUAAUUCAAAAUCACUUUGUUGAAGAAUAUGAUCCAACAAUUGAAGAUUCAUAUCGCAAACAGGUUGUAAUUGAUGGUGAAACAUGUUUAUUGGAUAUAUUAGAUACAGCAGGGCAAGAAGAAUAUAGCGCGAUGAGGGAUCAAUAUAUGAGAACGGGCGAAGGUUUUUUACUGGUAUUCGCAGUAAAUGAAGCAAAAAGUUUCGAAAACAUUGCUCAAUAUCGUGAACAGAUUCGGCGAGUUAAAGAUAGUGAUGAGGUACCUAUGGUUCUCGUUGGAAAUAAAUGUGAUUUAGCACAGCGUAUUGUAGAAUCUCGAGCUGUUGCUGAAGCUUCUCGUUCUUAUGGAAUUCCAUUUGUAGAAACAUCAGCAAAGACGCGAAUGGGAGUUGAUGAUGCCUUUUAUGCAUUAGUUCGAGAAAUUCGUAAGCACAAAGAAAAGCAAAGUGUGAAGCCACGGAAGAAGCGUAAAUGUGUAUUACUUUAA